AGUUCUGGCCACUGUAGUAAGGUCAGAAGGCUUCACCUGUAGCGGCAACGGGGCCCCCCUGCGUGGGUAUCGCUGCCUCUGCAACAUGGACGCGCAGCACUGCAAAAUGAAUGGUGACCCUUUCCAGGAAUCUAUGUACAUUGAAGAGUCCUCAAAUAAAGAUGGUGUGAUUUCUUUGAUUUUCUCUCUGAAAGAAGAAGUUGGGGCAUUGGCUAAAGUUCUGCGCACAUUUGAGGAAAAAGGUAUAAACCUGACCCACAUCGAGUCACGACCCUCCCGUCUCAACAAAGAUGAGUAUGAAUUCUUCAUUAACUUGGAAGGCAAGAAUGUCCCAGCGCUGGACAAGAUCAUCAAGUCCUUGAGAAAUGAUAUCGGCGCAACAGUCCAUGAGCUUUCACGAACAAAGAAGAAGGACACUGUGCCAUGGUUCCCAAGAAGUAUCCAGGAGCUGGACAGGUUUGCCAAUCAGAUCCUAAGCUAUGGAGCAGAACUGGAUGCUGAUCAUCCUGGGUUCAAAGAUCCUGUGUACCGGGCCCGGAGGAAGGAGUUUGCGGAUAUUGCCUACAACUACAAACAUGGCCAACCUAUUCCUCGAGUCACCUACACAGAAGAAGAAAAGAAAACAUGGGGCACUGUCUUCAGGGAGCUGAAGAGUCUUUAUCCAACUCAUGCUUGUUAUGAACACAACCACGUGUUCCCACUGCUGGAGAAGUACUGUGGCUACCGGGAGGACAACAUUCCCCAGCUUGAAGAUAUUUCAAAAUUCUUGCAGACCUGCACUGGAUUUCGCCUGCGUCCUGUUGCAGGUUUGCUCUCCUCUCGGGAUUUCUUGGCUGGGCUGGCAUUCCGAGUAUUUCACUCUACACAGUAUAUUCGCCAUGCGUCCAGACCCAUGUACACACCAGAGCCUGAUAUUUGCCAUGAGCUGCUAGGACAUGUGCCUCUUUUUGCGGAUCCCAGUUUUGCUCAGUUUUCCCAGGAAAUUGGACUGGCAUCUCUGGGAGCUCCGGAUGAUUUCAUCGAGAAACUCGCUACGGUUUAUUGGUUUACGGUGGAGUUUGGACUAUGUAAGGAAGGUGAUUCACUCAAGGCAUAUGGUGCAGGGCUGCUGUCUUCAUUUGGGGAGCUGCAGUAUUGUUUAUCAAGUAAGCCUGAGAUUCAGCCUCUUGUCCUGGAGAAGACUGCCGUGCAGAAGUACCCUGUUACUGAGUUCCAGCCUGUCUACUAUGUUGCUGAAAGUUUUAAAGAUGCAAAAGAUAAGCUAAGGAAAUUUGCUCAAACGAUCCCUCGCCCUUUCUCUGUUCGGUACAAUCCCUACACUCAGAGGAUUGAAGUCCUGGACAAUGCAAAGCAGCUGAAGAACUUAGCCGACACUAUCAAUAGUGAGAUGGGGAUCCUUUGCAAUGCCCUCCAGAAGAUAAAAUGAAGAUUCACUGUAACUUGCUAAUCACUGGCUACUGACUAGAAGUUGCCAUGUGCAAAUGCCAGUAUUCAUCUAGCCUCAGUCUAUUAUCUUCCUGUGUACUGCAUGAAUGCUUAUGUUAUAUAUCUUAAUUACUAUAGAUUAGCAGAGAAAGAGACACGUGCAAGUGACCCUUGACUCUUUUGGCCUUCAAACACUAAUCCAUUUUUUCUCACUAAUGCAUAAAAAUUACCUUAGUUCUGGGAAUUUGUGGAAAGUCUCCACAUCUGUUGUGCCAAAGAAGAAGGAGAUAUCCACUAUGCAGAGCUAUAGUCUGCUGUAGACGUAAGGCUGCAUUUCCAUUCUAGGCCCAGGGACAGGACGGCAAUGACUAACAGGCUAAUCCACCUCGCUUUCUCCCAUAGUCAUUCUUCCCUCAGUCCUUCAUAUUUGUGCGAGGUUCCCAUUGAGUCCCAAACUCUACAUGUUUCGGGGGGUAUACAUAUACCUCUUGAUCCUCUGUACCUCUACUUUUACACAUAAGCACCUCUACCCUGAAAUAUAUAUUUUUUUCCUAAAAAUGCAAUGUUGCCAUUGAUCCAAAGCACAGAUGCUAUCAGAAAAGACAGCAAGUAUUCUGCAGUCUCAUUAACAAAGAUUUAUCACCAUGAAUAAAUAUACUAUAUUUGAACGAGCACCAAUCCCACAAAGGUUUGUGCAGGCCAGGAAUGCUGUAUGCUGUGAUGUGUCAUUGGUUUUCAAAGCAAAGACUCUGAGGCUGCCUAUCCAGGGCUUGGAGUCUGUGCCUCAAUACAGUACCCACAAAAAAGCCCCUUCAGAGGAGAGUUACCUAAAGGCAAGUCCGUGUGCCUUUUUGCAGUUGGAUGUGAUGUCAGCCUGUCAAUACUUUGUGCAAGCAAGAAACCAUGCAGAUGUCCUAAGGACAGGACAGGACGUCAAGGCGUUGUUAGUCCAGACUCAGAGCUGUACUGGCUGUAAUGUUGUGUAACAUCAUGGAUUCAGAGAUGAUUCAGGAGCAGCCAGCUCAAAGAAAGGGGAGACGUCUCUUAAUAGACAUACUCAGCUACUCACCUUGGAAGGCUGACACGUGAAGGCUACCUUGUGUUGGGUGUGUCCUUCUCUGAGAGUGCUUUAUGCAGCACUGCUACAAGGUAUCUCCUGAUUUUCUGGACACACAAUCCAGAAGGUGGAUACCAACAAUUUGGAAAUGGAGAAGAUUGGUUCUUACAAUGCAGCUGAAGACAUCAGAGCCUUCCAACUCCUAACUCACUGUGUCUGUGGCUAGAGUCACCACUAAAGCUAGGGAAGACCCAGGUUAGCUGAGUCCCAAUCUGAGUGCAUUCAAACCCAAACACUGUAUCUUUCAAGACAGCUCCUAAGUCAUGAUACUUUUUGGAGUCUCCUUCCUUCUCCAACUUGAGCUUAAUCCCUCUUUUUUGGUUAAAGCAUUUUUAUUUUUCCUGGAGUAUAGCUUGACUGAGGUAGCAAAUGGAAGCAAGGGUGAUUCCAGCUUAACCCAAUGGCUGAGCCAUGGAGAGAGGAAACUUUUGCCAUUCAGAAAUCUAUUUCUGUAUUUUAUCCAAUAACUUUCACUCAAAGCAGCUAAAUGACCUCUUAGGCUGGUCCACACUGUAUAAUGCCUCCCUGUAGCUCCCUAGUUGAAGGAGGAAGGAGAUCAGCACUUGUACAUCGGAACUGAAUGAAGCAAAGCAAAGCAAAGCAGAACAGUAUUUCCAGCUUGAAACAGUUCUGCAUCACGAUACUAACAUGAUUCAGGAAUCACAUUUCUGUUAGAAGGUCCAAAGAUGGAGACGGAUUCAAAGGUCCACAAAUCUCACACCUACUUUUAUACUACUCUUGUAUUUAUAGUUUGAAAAUCAAUGGAGUUUUAACGUAAGCAUCAUCCUUUAGGAAGAUAGGAAGUACAGCUGUUUCCAUUAUAUUUAUGGUGGGUAAUAACAUUAAUCUAAGGAUACCAGCUGCAAGCCUUUUCAAUAGACAUACACUUAUGCAAAAUGGUAUCAUUUUGGUGCUUUGAAGUAAGCUUUUUAAUCUCUGUGUCUUUUUUCUUCCUUUUUUUUUUUUUCAUAACAAUGUCUGUGUAGAUCUUUCAGUCCUGCUUGGCAUGUAUUUUAAGUGUGAAGUAGCCCACUCCCUUUCUCUCUUAAUAUAAUAGGACCCAUAAGGUAACUGUGUACCACAAAGAGACAAUUUCAUCCCAAGGGUGCAGUCUUUCAAACUAAUCCUCAGACAGCUUUCCAAGCUCUUCUGCUUCUGGCUGUUGUUAUGAGUGGCAGCAGCAGUAAAUCUAUAGUGAUAUUGAGAACCCAGGAUUCAUGGUUGUGUUUUACGUGCAAGUGGAAUGGUUAAAGAAUAUUGAUGGCACAAGUCUGAUUCUGUGUCCUUUAAUGCAGAUUUAAAUGAGCAAUAACUCCAGCCAAAGCAGCAUAAUAUAACAGUUCAGCGAGACUGAGAGACAAGAAAAACUUAAAUGCUCAGUAUUUUAAAAGCAGAGGAAAUGUACUGAAAGUAGAUUUUCUUGCAAAAUAAAUUAGCUUGUGCAUAUGUGCUUUAAAUAGUACAAAUAGGUUUCAUUUUAAGUAGUACUUCUUAAUGUUUGACUACUUAUUUCCAUGCUAAAGAAAGUUAAAGGUGGGUAGCAAAAUGCUUUUUGCAUUAUCUGGCCAGUGUAGGUCCUCUUUGCAAUGUAUCCACACAGGUUUAUCAGAAUUAAAUACCCCGGUAGGGAGAAAUGCCCAUUUGAAGUGGGUUCCAACUCAAAAAAGGCUGUGUUGGACUGGUUGAGUAUCACUCAUCCAAACUAGAUGAUGGAGCUUGAACAUGAAACUGAUAUUAAAAAGAAAUAAAUCUCUUGAUGUAAUUACCUCAAAGUGUACGGCAAAGCCUUGAUUGCUCUACUUCUUUGUAUGCUAUUCUGACUAACCUAUCCCAAGCUACUCUUUUAAGAAACCUUCCUCUCUUCUAUACCAUUCCUCUCUUCUAUCCUACUAUGAUCACAUUUUUAAAGUCUCCAUUUCCAGCUCUGUUUCAGGUGACCAAAGAAACCCUUUCAUAAGGCCCUUUUCCUUUGCAGUGACCUUGGCUGAGGUCAGCAAUGGUGAUGAGGGAGGAGUUGCCAGCACAGGUUACACAGGGAGGUGGUCUCCUCUGGCUGUCUUAAUAUGCCUAGAUAUGACAGUAGUCUUGGAGUAGGGAUGCUUUAUUCCCCAAAGGAUGCAGAAAUUAUUGGAAGAGGGAUUAAGCACAAGAGGACUCCACAGGAGAGCAUUCUUUUAAAGCCUGUCUCUUCACUGCUUCAAACCACGCUAGCAGUUGGCAGAAAAGACUUUUUAAAUGUUCAAAUGUAACCAUUUAAAUUAACCCAAAUAAACAGAAAUAUUAAUGCUGCAUCCAUCACAAA